AUGAGCCGAUUCCAAGAUGAGCCGCUCCAUAGAAAUCCUGGCGAUGCGUCUGACUCCGACUCCGACCUGGAAGAGCUCCAGGGCGACAUCGCCAAGUUUGACGAGUCUGUACGGGAGUUUCUCGCUUCUCAUCAUGGGUCCGCAGAGUUGAGACACAGCUUUCGCGGAGGUUCCCGGGGCCGAGGAGCGCGUGGCCCUCGCAAGGCUGCCAAGCCGAGGGGAGACAUUACGGCGCGCCUCUCCAAGGUCAACCAAGCAUUUCUCAGCGGCGAUUACGACCAGGCGUUGGAUCUCGCCUUUGAGGUGAUCAGGAUCAAUGCCGAAACCCACCAAGCCUGGACCACACUGUCUUCCAUUUUUCGAGAGCGCCAUGAGCUUGAUCGGGCGCUCUCGGCCAUGGUUUAUGCCGCCCACCUUCGGCCCAAGGAUGUGUCUGGCUGGCUAAAGUGUGCGACCUUUGCUCUGGACACAAUAGAGGACGACGAGGAUCGCAAUCUUCACACAGCCCGCCUCUGCUACUCGGCUGCCCUGAGGACUGACACCUCACAUAUAGAAGCAAGGCUCGGCAAGGCCGCUGUAUGUCAUCGCCAGGGCCAUCUUGCUGCGGCCAUUUCCGAAUACAAGUACGUCCUCAAGCGCCGGCCGCACGAUCUCGACCUAGUGAGGAAGCUGGCCGAAGCCUGUGUCGACAGCAAGAACGCCACUGCGGCUGUCCCCUCAGCCAUCCAGGCUUAUGGACAAUUCUUUGACUUCGAGAUGAGCUCUCGGCCGCAGCGUGGCCGAGACGACUUGUGGCACGAUGUUGGCAUCUUUGUAGAACUGUUUGCAUCAAUUGGUCAACAUCAAGAAGCCAUCCGCCAGCUCAAAGCCCUCUCGCGGUGGCUCAUCGGGCGCGCCAUAGAGCAGUUUUGGGACGACUGGCAGGGCGACGAUCGAGAAUGGGACGUUGACGCGCUACGCCGAUCAGCAGUUUGCGACUUUGACGGGCCCAGCUCCAACCCAGGACUUUACGGUAACGCUCUGCCUGAGGAUCUGCGCGUACGGCUGGCUACGUAUCGGUUCAAGCUUGGGCAUGAGGCAGAAGCCUUGACGCACCUGAACAUCCUGGGUUGGGAUGAGGGCCACAUGCAGGAGUUCAUCAACGAUUUCCCCCUCCUCGCUUACGAACUGGCAAACGAGCUCGUCCGGUGCGGACGGCAAUCUCUUGCUGUCCAUUAUUAUCGAGAGUUGCGACGGCUCCCGGGCGACGCAGACCCUGCCGUCUUGCUGCAAUUGGGACGUUGUUACCUUGCCCUAGGAGAACAGCCGGGCGCCGAGGAAUGCUUUCUAGGAGCAAUUGAUGCAGACGAAGAUAGCAUCGAGGCUCGGAUCGAACUUGCAAACAUGUACGAGAAGGCCAGGGAAGGCGAGGAGGCCCUCAUUCUCGCCGCCGAGGCCAUGGCUCUGCGCGAAGCCCGUGUUCAGUCGUCUUCAGGCGACCCGGGAUUCAAGGACUCCUCGGCUCCCAGCCAACGGGCUAAACUUGGUGGCGGGCCAGCAAGGCGGCGCAAACUUCGUGCACAAACGGGUGAAAAACCAUCCGGAUCAUCCAAAGAUGCUUCACAGAAGCCUGUUGUUCCGAGAAGAUACCGCCCAAGGAGGCUUGCUGCGCCCGACAAGCGUCUUCAAGAAGAGAGGGCCCGUGCUUUCAAGCUGUCGAGCCAAUACGAGGCUGUUCGCGAUCUGAAGCAACAGAUUGCGGCGGGUCGCCAUGAUCUUGUCCCAGCCUGGAUGGCCACUUCAAAGGAACUGGUAGAUGACUUCAGAUCGCUCAAGAGGUUCUACACCUGGGACAAAUACCUGUACUUCCUCGGCUCGAAGCAUCAUGUGCCAGCUCCGGAUGCUGAACCAGAAGAUUCCGAGCUAUCGCAGAUGUACGAACGCCUAUCACGCUCUAUUGCUCCCCAUGCGGAUCAACUCGGGCGCGAGGCUGCAUCUGCGAAUCCGAAUGCGCAUCGAGGCAUCUCGUUCGAGGACUGGCUAGAUUUGUUCCUCGACUACGCCGUUGGGUUGGCGGUUGCGCAUCGACGGGUCGAAGCGUAUCAGAUCUGCCAAGCGGCAAAGGACUCGACUGUCUUUCAGUCCUCUGAACAUGGCUUCAGUAUAUAUGUCGCUUGGAGCGUAUGCGCCAUAUAUAACAACGACGAAGAGCGAUGUGUAACCGUAGCUCGGCAUCUGAUGCGAGACGGUGCGACUACGGAUUCAUACCGGAUGUUUGCGCUGCUGUCGAGACUUUGCCAGUCCCCCAUUGCAUGGUAUACGUCAGGGCCAGCUCAAAAGUUCAUACUGCGUCAGAUCAAGGCCAUCGAUGCCAGCCAUGCGAGUGUAUGGAUGCAGCGCCAAGGCCACGCCGAGCUCAGCAGUAGUACAAGUGCAGCGAACAAUUCGCCAGGCACCAGCGUCGACGUAUGCUUGCUGAUGCUAUACGGCCAUAUUCUUUUCACAUCCACCAGCUACGCAUACUCGUUAGGUUACUUCUUGCGGGCCCGGUCGCUUGACCCAACAAACCCCAUGAUCAAUUUGAGCCUGGGGUUGGCCUACGUGCACUACGGUUUGAAGAGGCAAUCUGCAAACCGGCAGUAUCUUCUCCUGCAGGGCCAGGCAUUUCUGUCUCGGUACCUUGAACUGGGCCAGAAAGGACAAGGCGGCUCCAUGGCCGAGCGAUUCUACAAUCGUUUCGUCCUUGCUAUCCGUGAAGAAUAA